AUGGAAUUGCUGAAAACACCAACCGUUGUUGGCUCAAUUGGACGACACCUAUCCAUUGGGGACCGAUUGUCCCUACAACAGGUUAGCGAAGAGGUUGCAAGUGCCUUGAGACCUAGCGAUCUGGACUAUUACAAAGCCAGACUCUCGAAGACCCAUAUCAUCUAUGAUCCACAGUUCAUGGAUCCCUUGCUGCUGGAUGAAUUUGAUGCCACCACAGCUUUCCAAGUCCGGAAAACCUCUGAUCCUACAAAGACAUGUGUCUUGAUCCAUUCACUAUUGACGGACUAUAUAAAGAAUCUGAUGGCAUUGGACUUAACAGAUGAAGAUAGCUAUGGCUCUGUGUUUGGCAGCAAGAUGAUAUCAGAACAAGACAAAGCCAGGAUCUUGGUUAACCUGCGUAAAUACGCCGACAUGGACGACGCCGAUAACGUUGUAUAUCUCGAGACCAGUGAUAAAGUACAGAACUUUCUCAACAAGUUCACAAAGAUCAAAUUUGACGAGAUGAGAGACAAUUUUGAUAAUCAAGACUACUCCAUCGUAGCACUGCUGGUUGAGACUCUGAAUAUAUUGGACCAGGAGGAGAAUAUGGUACAGUUCUUCAAAGACGAGAACAAAUUCCCUUACGACUUCUUCCCUGACACUAUUCUAGAUUCUGGCAAUCAGCUGGAUAAAGAGGCACUGUCCACAGUUAUUCAGGACCUUGUUAAGUACUUCAACGAUAAAUCUAGAGUCAUCGAUGAAUGUUUUGGUCAACAGCUUCCGGUCAUGCUCAUGUACAUGGAAUCAGUCCUGGAGAAGGAAAUCAUUGGGAAGUUCCUAUCAGAUGAGUGCCAUAAGAACAUGGAAAUCGUUCCAAUCGUCUAUUACGAACUGCUAGUGAACUUUGUUUCAAAUCUCAAUGACUCCCUGAACGUGGGAAAGAACUAUAAAGUCAUGACAAGAACGUUCAUUAACUUGUACUUUGAACCUCUUGUUGCGCAAUAUCUGGAAGAAACAAUAACGCUAUUCGAAGAGAACUCCAUAGAGGAGAUCAAUAAGUUUGAGAAGGACUACGAAGAGCAGGACAAGUUAGAGCAAGAGAACAUAUACAAGUCCAUCUUGAAUGAGUACAAUACAGACGAGAACAAGACAAAUAAGUUUGAACUGUUGACCUCUUUCACCAAAAUGUUCUCCAAGUCAGAUUCCAAUGCUGAAGAGAUUAAGUUCAAGACAAACCUGGAAGUCAUAACAAAGAACUUGAAGAACCUAAAGAACUACAUCAAUUUCGAACUUUCUUCAGAGAUUAUCAACCAGGCAAAGGCUAAGGUGGAUUCUGUUCUUGUCUUUGAAUCAAUUGACGGCUCUGUUAUCGACAAGAAGAGAAUAAAUGAACACAUUGAACUCAUAUUCAUAAAACUAAUUGGUAUUUUGGAGAUAUACCACGUUAAACCAGGUUUUGAAAAGGCCAUUGAUGUGCUGAACAGAUAUGAUCCAACAGAGUUCAAGUCCUUAGAAAGCUUGGAGUCACUUAAUACAGUGGAGCCUCUAGUGAAGUUCACCGAAUUGAUAAACAUUGGCGAUUUGAUAUACCAAAUGCUGGAGAUCUUUUAUGAGAACGAACUGGUUCAGAAGAAGAUUCUCGAUAAGAAUGAGUUCUUGAACAAUGCUAACCAGGCCAAGAAACGGUUUGAAGCUACAUUAGACAAUUUUGUUGCCAACGGUCUGAACAUUGGUAUCGAUAAGCUGAUGGAUGAGAUUGAGUUCUUAUUCAACACUCUCCAAUUACCUAAUGAUUUCAACCCCAAGUCAGAGGAUAUCGCUGUCACAAUAAAUGGACCAACAAAAUGUGCAAAGACGGUGGUUAAGCUUCUCUCCAACCACAUCAAUUUGCUCAAUGGAUCAACAGAAAAAGGUGUCAUAGACGUGUUCCAACAGGAGAUUGGAGAGAGAUUCUUCCAGGUGAUUGUCAAGAACAUCAAGAAGAGACAAAUCUCUACGAAUGGUGCCAUUAUUCUGAUUUGUGACCUGAACUUGUAUUACGAUUUCAUCGUGAACACGCUAAGACAGAAGAAUAUCACUCCAUACUUCGCAGCAUUGAAACAAGUGGGUCAACUGUACCUCAUUUCAAAAGAUGAUUCGAAAGAAUUGGGUAAACUUAUCGGUGAUUUGAGUAAGUUUAACGGUAUAUUCAGACAAGAAGAGAUCUACGAAUUUGUUACAAAGAGAACAGAUUGGUUAAAAGUGAGGAAGGACGUUGAGAAGGCCAUGUACGGUCUGGGAAUUACUGACUGUGUUAUUAUGUAA